AUGAUGAUGGCUCUCGGCUUGCUCGGCGUCCUUUUGACUCCACCUGUACUGGGCCAAGUGCAUCAUUUUUACUCUGGUUUUAUGAGCGGCGAUUCAUUGUAUGGGGUUGAAUUUAACGAACAGUCUUCUGCACUGAGCGUUUUUUAUAACGGGACUCUGAACGUGUCAAGCUCAAAGUGGAUUGCGACGGACAUAAGCCAAAAGAAUGUUUACAUCGCAGACGGUGACAAUGUCAACUACAUCGUUUCUGCAGAUACUGCUCCCUUCACUGUUUUUGGUGCACCCUACUCAGCCGGCUGUCCCGGGCAGGUUAUCUCAGUUGGAUCCUCCGGAACAUUGGAAUCGGUCGAAGCCAAUAUCAGCUAUAGCAGUGAUUCUGGCGUCCAUGGCCUCGCACUUAGCGCUGAUAGCCGAUUUAUCUAUUCUGGAGAUGACAUGGGAGGUUCUAUUUGGACUCAUUCUUACAAUGAAGCGACCAACACGGUGACAAAACUCCAGCGACUAAAUGUCUCCGGCAAUCCAAGACACCUGGUCGUGUCGCCGCAAGCCUCGUUUGUCUAUGUGAUUCUUGAAGAGAACAAUCAACUAGCCGUGUUCAAUCGUGACAGUACUAGCGGACUUCUCACUGGAAGGAACAAGACCCUUUCUCUCCUUCCCACAGGUACGACUCGCAUCCUCUUUGGUCGACAAGUACAGUCAGACGCUAAUCAUUCUCAUUUCUAUUCAGCAUACUCCAACAGCUCCCUGUACUGGUCGGAUGAGGUGAAGUUCUCGAACCCCCAGGAAGAAGGCAAAUACCCCAAAUAUCUAUUCGCAACCAUCCGUUCCAGAACAUCAACCGACCCUGGUUUCGUAGCUGCGUUCGCGCUCGAUAGCACCACUGGCUCAAUCAACAAUCGGCUGUUUCUCAUUCCGACCACUGCGUCUGGAGGCGCCUCAAAUUCAAUAAGUCCAGCAAUAUUCUCCGAGGAAUAUUUUACAAUUUCAGACGCACAGAACAACUUUAUUGAAGUGUGGAAAUUGGGCGAAGAUGCUCAAACAGCUACGUCUAUAGCGCAUUUGGAUGUCGCUGAUAGCCCCGCUAACGUAGUUUGGGUGAAUUGA